AUGAACUCUCUCAGUACAGCUAAUGUCGAAUUUGGCUUGGAUGUUUUUAAAGAACUGAGCAGGAACCAUGUUGAGGACAAUGUCUUCUUUUCCCCUGUGAGUUUGUUCUAUGCCCUGAGUAUGCUUUUUCUGGGUGCCCGAGGCAACAGUGCAGCACAAAUGGGAAAGGUGUUACACGUUAGUUAUAUGAAGGAAUCAUCCAAUCUAGAGCUUGAGGAAUCUUCCAAGUGUGGCAUAACUGGAGGGAUACAUUCAGAGUUUCCAGCACUAUUCUCUCAGAUCAGCCGGUCGAACAGUAAUUACACAGUCAGCAUCGCCAACAAACUCUACGGUUCAAAGAAUAUUGAAUUAAAUCCACAAUAUUUAAGUUGUUCAGAAAAGUUCUACCAAUCCAAUCUGCAGACGGUAGAUUUCCAGCACAAUCUAGAGGAAACCAGGAAAAUGAUCAAUGCUUGGGUUGAAAGUAAGACCAAUGGAAAAAUCAAGAACCUGUUUAAUAAAGGAACACUUGACACUUCUACUGUUAUAGUCCUGGCGAAUGCUAUCUACUUUAAAGGACAGUGGCAGAGUAAAUUUCAGGAAGUAGAGACAACUAAAAUGCUCUUUAAGCUAAGAAAGGGUCAGACUGUACCUGUGCAGAUGAUGCGUCAAAUCGGAACAUUUAAAGUGGCUCUCAUAAAAGAACCUCAGAUGCAAGUCCUUGAGCUUCCAUAUGCUAGUGGAGAUCUAAGCAUGAUUAUACUUCUUCCAAAAGACACAGAGCAGAUAGAACAGAUUGAGAAACAGCUCAACUUGAAGACAUUCCAAAAGUGGACCAAUUCUUUCAUGACAGAGAAAGAAGUUGAUGUUCAACUUCCCCGAUUCAAACUUGGAAUUAAAUAUGAGCUAAAGUCUCUGUUAAAAACACUAGGGAUGACAGAUGUUUUUGACAGUGUGAAAGCUAACCUUUCUGGACUAUCUCUAACUGGACCCUUAAGUUUAUCAAAAGUUAUCCAUGAAUCCUUUAUAGAUGUUAAUGAAGAGGGCACAGAGGCAUCUGCAGCAACAGGGGUGGAUAUUGUUAUAAAGAGGCUUCCUCUUCGGGUCUCUUUUGUGGCUGACCACCCUUUUCUUUUCUUCAUAAAGCACAUUUAUACCAACACAAUUCUCUUCUGUGGCAGGUUCUCCUCUCCACAAAAAAGGGGAGGGGGUGGUAGUGUCAGUCAGGGCUAG